GGUAAUGACAGAUUGUCAAUAAUUGUACGAAGAAUUUUCAAGCAAUUUCUUUCAGCUAGUAUUAAUCUUAGUAGGAAGUAAAAUGCACAUUAGUAUUAUGAUCGUGCUUAGCUUAGACGAUAUCUAUUUUAAUUUGUUUCACAAAAUAUUACUUACACGUGUAACAUACAGUUGGCACAUGACCAAAAAAAUUAACGCUAUAAGUAUUCCCAAAAAUAGUUAAAGGUUAUAGUAAAUAUUUUUGGAGUUUUGUUAUAUAAUUGUAUUUGAAAAUGUCUGUGUUUAGCAAAAACGUGAUUGUAGCAUUUAAAAAGUAUCCUGUUCUUCGUGGCAUGGCAUCAUAUGGUAUUAUUUGGCCUAUAUCUAGUUUUAUACAACAAACAUUUGAGGGAAAACGUUUUGAUUCUGAUGAUAAGUAUGAUUGGUUGAGAUGUGCUCGCUUUGGUUUAUAUGGUUCCUGCUAUGUUGCUCCUACACUUUAUACUUGGUUAACAAUAGCUAGUAUAAUGUGGCCUGGAAAUACCAUUAAAGCUGCAGCCUUUAAGACAUUUUUUGAAACCAUUACAUAUACUCCGUUUGCAAUGUGCAGUUUCUACUUUGGUAUGAGUUUAUUAGAACUCAAGACUUUUAACGAAGCAGUUGCAGAAGUAAACUCCAAAUUCUGGCCUACUUACAAGGUAGGUGCAUCUAUCUGGCCAGCAGUUGCAAUGAUUAACUUCUGUUUAAUACCUGAAAAAAAUAGAGUUCCAUUUAUUAGUCUCUGUAGUCUCAUAUGGACAUGCUUCUUGGCUUAUAUGAAACAUUUAGAUAAAGAUAAUGUUGCUUUACAUUCUGAAAAACGGUCUGGUCAGUUAUUAAGUGCUUAAAAAAUUAUUUAAUAUCAUGAAAUAUGACAUCAUAUUUCAUAAGUCGAAAAUAGAUUUGCAUUGUAACUUUUGGAUCUUGAUUAAUUAAAUUUACAGUGAUAUUCAGCCGGGAGCACAAGUACAAAUAUACUUGUUACCCAGUUUCUUAUUUAUAUAGGAUCUUGAAGUAAUUUUGUAAAGCACUGUGCACAGUUGUGCAAGCUGUUGUGGACAUUUAUGCAAUAUUUAGAGCAAUUUAUUACUGUUGUAUUAUUUAUAAGUAUUUUGAGCAGUAUUAGAAUUUUAUAACUUUCAACAUCUCAUAAUAGAAAGUGUAGUAUUACCUUUCAUAUAGUAUUACAUUUAACAAUAAUACCAUUCUAAACUCAACAUCAAAAGUACAAUUAUAUCAAGCAUAAAGCUAUGAAUCUUGAUUUUUUAUUAUUGUAAGUUUAUGUACAAUAUUAUAAAAAUCUAUUGACCAUUGUUUAUGAUGAUACAUUUUAGGGUAAUCUUUUUUUAUUAUAUUCAAAUAUUAAAAGUCAAAGACGAACAAAUAUAAUUAAAUAAAGCAAGACUACCACCACAUACAGCACACUUUUUGAAAUUAGCAAAUUUCUUAUCAACACAAAUUAAAUCCUUAGAAAUCACAAUUUUAUUUAAAUUUGUGUAGUUCAUACAUAAAACUGUUUUGUUUGAAUGAUUUGGUUUAAAAAUGUAACACAUAUUGUUACAAGUAAAAAUGGCUUGAUUAAAUUUAUAAAAACUUAGUUAGUAUGUGUAAUAAUCUCAAAGAUUUGACAUGUGAUUCCUACAAUACAGGUAUUUGCAAUUAAAUUGCAUGUUAGAAUAAUGUAUACUUUAUGUAUGUAUUUAAUUUUAAAGUAUUUAUAUCUGAAUAUGAGAAUAUAGGAUAUUCAUUAUUAAAAUGACAUUAAAAUAAUAACAUAAUGAAAAAAAAUAUACAUAUGGAUAGUAGAAC